GAAAUCGGUGUCCAUGUUGCCCCGCCGAAGGGCGUGUUGUUUGUACUUAAAGCGGAGGCGUUGCACACAUGACGCAGACGCAUUUUUUCCCCUACCUGCUAAGGACGCCGCGCACUCCUGCACCAGAACUCCACCAAAAUGAGCAACCAAUGCCCAGUCAACAAGGAGGUGAAGACGUUUAAAAGAAGUAGUCUGAAGAGGACCGAAGUGCAAGAGAAGAAUCCCCUUCCAACUACUCAGGUAAUUGAUGAUGAGAAGAUCGCCAUCAAAGAGAAAUCUAUGAAAGUGCCCCUCAACAAUGAGUUGGAGGACUUUAGCCCGGACAAGCUGAAGAAGACUGAAACCCACGAGAAGAACCCUCUUCCAACCGUAGACGUAAUUAAUGAUGAGAAGAUUGCCAUCAAAGAGAAAUGUAUGAAAGUGCCCCUCAACAGCGAGUUGGAGGAAUUUAGCCCGAACAUGCUGAAGAAGACUGAAACCCACGAGAAAAACCCUCUUCCAACUGUAGACGUAAUAAAGGAAGAGAAGAUAGCCAUCGAAGAGAAAUGUAUGAAAGAGCCACUCAAUGUGGAGUUGGAGGAGUUUAACGCGCAGAAGCUCAAGAAGACUCACACAAAGGAGAAAAACGCUCUUCCAACUGCAAAGGAAAUUGAAGCGGAGAAGAAAGCCCAGAAACAGAAGAAGUAACAAACGACUGCCAUGAUUCCGCUCCUUCGGUCCUGCCCUGUUACGUGCUCUUCCUCUUCCACUGGUUCUUCAUCUUGUCCAGCAUCUUCGCCUGUUUUCUGUGCCGCCAUGUUUGAUUAGAAAUGGUGUUUGGAUUGAUGCUAUGGGAAAAGAUGUGUCUGUAAUCACAUGUAGAUGCCUUUUCAAUGCCAAUGUUUUUGAAAGUGCUGAACUGAAUUAUUAUUCUUUAAAAGUGUAUUAAUAGAAAGACAUGGAAUAACAUUGUUAAGAAUACCAUGAAUAUGCUUGUAAAUGUUAUGAAAAAUAACACUAUUUUUUUUUUUUUUUU